AGUGCCCGUUUCCUAGGCAACGGGAGGAGGAAGAGGAUCUCUCGGCCACUGGAGCGGACUCUAUGGGGCAGGAGGCCCCGUUCCUUGGCCUGGAGAUCGAAGCGGCGCGGCUGCUGCUUGGAGGACGGGUACGAGCCCGGAAAAGGUGACAAAGCGGCGAUGGAGACGUUAGAAGAAGAGAACUUUGGUGUAUCCAUUUCUUCCCCUUCCGAUGCAGAAUUUGAUGCUGUUGUUGGAUAUUUGGAAGACAUUAUAAUGGAUGAUGACUUCCAGCUCAUACAAAGGAACUUCAUGGAUAAGUACUACCAAGAGUUUGACGACACAGAGGAAAAUAAGCUGAUCUACACUCCUAUUUUUAAUGAAUAUAUCUGCUUAGUUGAGAAAUACAUUGAAGAAAAACUCUUGGACAGGAUUCCUGGUUUCAGCAUGUCUGCAUUCACCUUGUCAUUACAGCAACACAAGGAUGAAGUAGCAGGGGACAUCUUUGACAUGCUUCUCACUUUUACAGACUUCCUGGCAUUUAAAGAAAUGUUCCUGGAUUACAGAGCUGAAAAAGAAGGAAGAGGUCUGGACUUAAGCAGUGGAUUGGUGGUGACGUCGUUAAGCAAGUCCUAUGUGUCUCCUGCUGAGAACAACCUGCGAUUCUAGGGUCUGGCUUCUGACUGAGAGGUGUCGUCUUCACUUGGGACGUUCCAAACUCUAAAGGCAACAGAAGAGACGAGCAUGAUGCCUAGGCUCAUGACAGGCCCAAACCUCUUCUCAGCUGCCCAUGUGAAUUAGUGUUUCUGUAUGAUCAGCAGCAAAGACCACCCUGGCCCUGUUAGGAGAAUGGUCUCUUCGCACUUGGGCUUAUUCUGUGCCAGCCAAAUAGGAUUUUGUGCCCUGGAGAUCAAUAAGUUCCAUCAUCUGUUUGGUGAGUCUAUCCACUUUGCUCUCCUGGGAAGACAAGUGUCGAAUCCACCAUGACUAGAAUGGUUCUCCCUGCACAGCCUCCUCGAGGUUGCGAAGCCUCAGCACCACCCUGACCUGGCAGGACACUUUUAGUAUGAUUUCAGAUGCCACCUUUUGACUUUUAACAGGGAAUAAUGCUUGUAUUUUAUAUGAAUAUAUAUUUAGCAUGAA